AUGCAUAUAGACUUGUCGGACCCUCGCAAGAGUAUAUUCCUUUUAAACGUACAGGCAGGUGACACUGUUGUUUAUACAUGUCCAUACAGUUUUAACAAAGAAAUGCAAGAUAUGUAUGCAAAGGAAAAACAGUUUUUUGAAAAAAGACAAUUUUGUUUUGAAAAUAUAGUAAUAAACAGAAAUAUAUUUAGCUUAAGGGAUUAUAUUCGAGGAGCAUACAACAUUAAUAGUGGUUAUGUUAACAAUGUAUAUACUUCCGAGUUCACUGUCCCUCCUGUUGUUUUGAUGAAUAGACAUUUUGAGUGUUAUUGUUAUAUGGAGGAACAAAAUGCAAUAGUUAAGAAAACAUUAAAAAUACAUAUUUCUAAAGGUGUCGUUCGAAAAAUACCAGGAUGUGAUUUUAAUGAUGAAUAUAGGGAGUCCACUGCUAUUACCACUUUUAGUAAUAUGAAUCGUAAAGUAGUUAAAGCAUGUGAUAGCUAUCCAAAAGGUGGUGAUACAAUUGCGUUAUUAUGCCCUAUAAAUUACACAGUUAAACCUGAUGGCUGUUUUUCAAAAGUAUAUGUAAAAAAAGAUAAUAUUGAAAAUGAUAAGAAUAAAUUAGAGGAGCGUUUUAAUGUUAGUCGUAAAUUUGAAGAAGACAAAUACAAAAUUGUUGGUGUUGAAACGUUAUUUCGUGAAAAACUUGUAACAUAUGGAGAUGAACAUUAUAAAUUUACAAAAAUUCCAGAAACAAAUGAUGAAAUCGCUUUUACCUGCACAUGUCAGGCAAAUGAUUUAUCAGAUAAUUUAAUGAUGAAUGUUUAUAUAAAUGAAAAUUAUGACAAGUUUGUAAAACACAGUAGUAAUGAUAACGUGGAAUAUAAUAAGAAAAAAAUAUCAUCAUCCUACAAUACUGUUUCCGAAGAGAUCAAAUAUGGAAAUGGUUCAUUUUAUUUUUAUACUGAUGUUUUGUUUUUAUUCCUUCUUUUGUUUUUUACUGUCACUUUAUGA